UACGCGGGCCCCUCACUGCUGCGGCCCCUCCCGUUGCGGAGCACAGGCUCCGGACGCGCAGGCUCGGCGGCCACGGCUCACGGGCCCAGCCGCUCCGCGGCACGUGGGAUCCUCCCGGACCGGGGCGCGAACCCGCGUCCCCUGCAUCGGCAGGCGGACUCUCAACCACUGCGCCACCAGGGAAGCCCUGGUCUCCGUCUUUUUGAUGGAGUACAUAGUAUUCCGCAGUGUAGAUGUCCCAGGGUUUAUGCCUUCACACCACGUGCCAGGCCCUGGGGUACAGCCGUCAGCAAAAGCACCCACGCGUCAGUGUGCAGUCGGGCAGUGUCGGUGCCACAGGAGAGAAAGCCGAGAAGGGGAUGCAGGGCUGGCAGGGCCGGGGAGAAGGCAGUGCUGUUUGUGCAGGAUGGUCAGGCCAUCUGCCGGACAAGUGCUCCGGGCACCAGGCAGCAGCAAAUGUAAGGUCCCCGAGGUAGGAGCACAGUGCCUGGGCCAAGGGGGUGGCUGCACGGGAGAUCAGGAAGCAGCUGGAGGCCUCGCUGAGCUGUUGACCCCUGUGCAGAGCAGGGCUGAGCUCUGCGCCCAGCGGGGGAGAGGAGCUCACCUGCCCCGUGUGGACCGCAGUGGGGUCAGGUGAGGCCGGGGGCCCAGUUUGGAAGUGGCCCUGGACAGGAUGCGGGUAGACUCCUUGCUGGUGGUUCUUUCCAGGUUUUUCUUCCUCCAAACCCCAUGCUCACACGUCUCUGCAUGGACGAGCAUCCCCACGGAGCAGCUUCCUAGGAGUGGGGAGGGGCUGGGGUGUAAGCAUUGCUAGACACGCCCAGAGACCCCCCCCCAGGAAGACUUCGUUAGUCCAACACAGAGCACAGGAGUCCUCCUCCUGGCCAACCCAGGAUGCUGUCCGUCCUGUUAGAUUUUGGAAACCUCAUGCUUUGCGUUUUCCUCAUGUCUAACUAGGUUGGGCAUCCUUCCAGGUUUAUAGCUCUUACCUGGUGUUUCUCUUUGUGGGAAUAGUCUGUUCUUAGUCUUUGGUCUCUCUCUUCCCAGAUGUUAGCACCUUUCUUUCUUUCAUCGAAUUAGCUAGAACGUCCCUGAAAUGUUGAAGACCGAGCAGUAGACUUGCUUGUUUUGUCCCUGACUUUCACUGCAAAGAGCUGGCGUUUGAGGUUCUCUGUGAUUCGGGACCGACAAACAGCUUCCGUCGGAAGCCAUAGCAAGAUCCUCUGAGACUUCCUCCCUGUGGCCGUGACCGUCUCCUCUCAGAGUGUAUAGACUUCAUCUUCUGAAAAUUUAACAUUACAGCAGAGAUGUCCAAGACUAGCAUGACUUAGCAUUCUUCGCAGGUAACCUGUUUUUCCCGUUGGGAUGUGGGUAGAAUUUUCUUUUUUCUUGAAAACAUCAUUUUCAUCAGGACAUAGAUGGGCUUUGACACUUCUCACAUAAUUUCGCCCGGUCCUCAGGGAGUCACGCAGAUGCAGAUCUGCCUGCAGGAUGGUUUCCUUCACGUGUAUCUUUCACUGUCGUUUCUGUUUCGUUGCUGUGGAGUCUUUUUCAGAAAGAGAUGUUACCUGCAGGUAGAAACGUGCCUUUAAUAUCAGCCCCUUCCCUGGGCGUGUUUAAAGUUUCUCACUCUCAUCCUCCCCACCACUGAGGCCGAACUUUAGCUUUCUAAUUGUCUGUUGUAUGUGACGUUUUCACUUCAGUCUGCAGCUUUAGCUCAUCCUUCGUUACGUGCUUCAUCGAAUCCGUCGUUUCUUGAGUUUUGUUUCGGGUACAGAGUCGGUGCUGCCCUAAUCUUGCUUGUUUCCUCGUGCCGUGGAGUUGGCGUGCAUCUUGUCCUCACUGCACUUCUUUUCAGAAGCUGCGUGUUGGCCCUUUUCUGUUUAUCUGGUUCACGAACAAGACAGGGUCUGAUCAGACCUGCCGUUUUCCAAAGAGUAAUGUGGUUGGAUUCUGCGCGGGUCCCCAUCUUUGGCGGGUGGGGGAGCCUGAGUCCAGCACCGUCUCCUGCUAUGUGUGACCUUGGGCCAGUCACCGGCCUGUUUGCCCAUCCCUAGAAGGCAACGCUGGCGCGCCGUGGAUGGUGAUCAUGAGGGUUACGUGAGCCAGCACGUGUCACAGCCUCAGCACGGUGUCCACAGGGCCCUCCCUGCGGCCUCUGGUCCAGGUGCCUGAGCACAGGAAAGCUGCAGGGGCACAUUCUGCUUUCUGGGGACCCCCCUCGGUGAAGGCACCGCUGCCUGGGCCCUCCAGAUCUUCCCCCACUGCUCGGUGACCGAGGCGAGCCUUUGGGGACUGGGUCAGUGUGUCCCUUUGCCUCCUGGCUUGCUGACCCCCGAGCUCAGGAGGUUUAUGCCCCCCACAGGCCGCAGGUUGUCUGGGUGCCUCUGGUUUCAGUAGCCCUCCUCUUCCUGCCCCUCCGGGCGCAGAGGAGAUGACAGCUCCCUCCCCCUAACUGGUUGCCCCAGCUGCACGUCGUUUGUAGUUUCCUGAACCCUGACCACGCCCUUCCGUGCCGGGCCUUCCUCGGCCUCUCCACUGGGGUACGUGAGUGCCUGCUUCCCCCCGGCACCUCGCAGGGGGCACCACCCCAGGCCCUGCGUUUACCCUGUGACCUCUGAGUCCCCCGUCCUUAGGCUCCUGGUCAACCCGCCUGCCCUGGCUGCUCACUGCCUUUGCUCAUCCCCGCCUGUGACCCGUCAGUCUCUCAUUUCAGCCCCGCUCCACCCACCUACCCCCAAAGCACCAAAGCUAACCCUUCUGUCCAAACGCAAGCGAAGUACUAGGAGUCCGCUGCUUCCAGUGUUUCAGCAGCUCCUCGUCAACCCCAGAUAACUCCACGCUGGCCUCGGGCUGGUCCCUCCACCCCCCACCCGACGCGCACACGCCUUAGCGCUCGCGGGACCACCCUGGGCCCGACGCCCUGCUGCUGUCAGGGCCCCCGCCGCUCUGCCCUCCUCCCGCAGUGACGCCUGCUCCCCGCAGCCUCAUUUCUCCCUGAAGUCUCCCUGGCCCGCAGCCUGGUUUCAGGCUCUCCCCCUGCCCGCAGCCUGGUUCAAGGGCCUCCUGUAACUUGUGAUGGCCGAGAUUUCUGGACCCCGCUGCCCCCUCACAUCACCUGGGGAGGCCAUCAGCAGCUUGGUGUCCGGGGCUGCGGCCACCUGAUUCACGCGCCUUCGCAGUUCAUGGAAGGUGGGAGCCCUGUGGAUACGAGCGCAGAAGACCGACGAUUGGCCGCACCUCCUGCCGGCUCCUCCAGCGAAACGUGGAGAAAGAUUCCCACGGGACACUUCGCCUGACGGCUGCACGACCCCCUGCCCCCUGAACCUCAUGACCUUCUCUCGUUUGCCAGCGUCACUCAGGAGCCAGCAUGAACGGGUGCGCUGACUACGCCCCCAGCCCCAGUGACCCUCCCCAGGAGCCUGUGGAGCGCUGGCCCAGCCAAGCCCCCCCGCAGGAGGACGCGAACGCGAGCGGUGGCACAAGCGAGAAUGGCUCGACGGGGCGGGACUCACGGGGCGGCGACUGCGGCGGCAGCGGCCAGGAGCUGGGGACGCCGGUGGGGCCGCCCAGCACAGGUCCAGGUACAUUUAGCCUGAUGAUGGUGAAGUCUGAACACCACCCGUCCGCAAGUGGCUGCAGCAGCGAGCAGUCCACCAAAGUGGACGCCCACAAAGAGCUGAUCAAAACGCUGAAGGAGCUGAAGGUCCACCUCCCUGCGGACAAGAGGGCCAAGGGGAAGGCCAGCACCUUGUUGACCCUCAAGCACGCCCUGAGGAGUGUGAAGCAGGUGAAAGCCAACGAGGAGUACUACCAGCUGCUGGCGUCCGGUGAGGACCAGCCCCGCAGCGCCCGCGCGCCCGCCCUCACGGUGGAAGAAAUCGAGAGCGUCACCUCCGAGUUCACCGGGAGGAACGCGGACAUGUUUGCCGCGGCCGUGUCCCUGGUGACCGGGAAAAUCCUGUACAUCUCUGACCAAGUGGUCUCCCUCUUCCGCUGUAAGCGGGGCACCUUCCACGACGCCAAGUUCGUGGAGUUCCUGGCGCCCCAGGACGUGGGCGUGUUCCACAGCUGCACCACGCCGUGCAAGCUGCCGCCCUGGGGUGUCCGCCGCCGAGCAGACUCUUUUACUCAAGAAUGCAUGGAGGAGAAAUCUUUCUUUUGCCGCGUCAGUGUCGGCAAAAACCACGAGAGCGAAAUCCGCUACCACCCGUUCCGCAUGACGCCCUACCUGGCCCAGGUGCGCGACCGGCAGGGCACCGAGAGCCAGCUGUGCUGCGUGCUGCUGGCAGAGAGGGUGCACUCGGGCUACGAAGCCCCUAGAAUCCCUCCUGAAAAGAGAAUUUUUACGACCACACAUUCGCCAAAUUGUUUGUUCCAGGACGUGGACGAAAGGGCGGUCCCCCUCCUGGGCCACCUGCCCCAGGACCUGAUCGAGACCCCUGUGCUCGUGCAGCUGCACCCCAGCGACAGGCCCCUGAUGGUCGCCAUCCACAAAAAGAUCGUGCAGUCCGGCGGGCAGCCUUUCGACUAUUCCCCCAUCCGGUUCCGUGCCCGGAACGGGGAGUACAUCACGCUGGACACCAGCUGGUCCAGCUUCAUCAACCCGUGGAGCAGGAAGAUCUCCUUCAUCAUCGGGAGACACAGAGUCAGGGUGGGGCCUUUGAAUGAGGACGUGUUCUCGGCUCAGCCGCGUGGGGAGGAGAAGGCCCUGCAGCCUGGCACCCAGGAGCUCACGGAGCAGAUCCACCGGCUGCUGGUGCAGCCUGUCCCACCCAGCAGCUCCAGCGGCUACGGGAGCCUGGGCAGCAGCGGGUCCCACGAACACCUCCCGAGCCAGACCUCCUCCAGCGAGUGCACCGGCCAGGAGGACCCCUGCCGGAGGAGAGCCGAGAUUUGUAAAAAUGGGAACAAGGUCAAAAGCAAAAGUCCUUACCCGGAUGAAUCUGGAGAACAAAAGAACAAGUCUGCUGCAGGAAUGCAAAGCAGUUCCCCGGCUCAGAUGAAAGCUGUUCCAGCCACGGAAAAGGACAGCUCCAGGGCCAGCCUGCCCGAGGCCGGCCUUCCUGAGGAGCCGGCCUUCAAGAACCCGCUCGCCGGCUCCUACCAGCAGAUCAGCUGCCUGGACAGCGUCAUCAGGUACCUGGAGAGCUGCAGUGAGGCCACCACCCUGAAGAGGAAGUGUGAGUUCCCGGCACACCUUCCCACACCAAAGGUCAGCGACAAGCGCAAGGCCACCGCGGGCGCCGCCGGGCCACAUGCCGCAGAGAGCGCAUCACCCUCCAAGGGGAACAGCCACGCGGACAUCAGCACGCACUUGACCUCGCUGACGCUGCCCAGCAAGGCGCAGAGCGCGGUGUCCCUCACCAGCCAGUGCAGCUACAGCAGCACCAUGGUUCACGUGGGCGACAAGAGGCCACGGCCUGAGCUCGAGACGGUGGCAGAUGCUGCCAGCGGGCCCGAGUCUCUGGCCUGCCCGGCGGGCUCCGUGCUGCCCCGCGGCCUCGGCCAGGAGCAGGAGCCCUUCCGGAAGCUGGGCCUCACCAAGGAAGUGCUGGCCGCCCACACCCAGAAGGAGGAGCAGAGCUUCCUGCUCAAGUUCAGAGAAAUAAGAAAGCUCAAUGUCUUCCAGUCUCGCUGCCAUUAUUACUUACAGGACAGAUCCAAGGGGCAGUCGAGUGAAAGAGCUGCUCCUGGACUAAGAAAUACCUCUGGAAUAGAUUCAUCUUGGAAAAAAACGGGGAAGAACAGAAAACUUAAGUCCAAACGGGUCAAGCCUCGAGACUCCUCGGGGAGCACUGGGUCCGGGGGGCCCCCGCCCCAGCGGCUGCCGCUGGUGGGCCUGAAUGCCACAGCCUGGUCGCCGUCGGACACGUCCCAGUGCAGCUGCCCCGCGAUGCCCUUCCCCGGCCCGGUGCCCGCUUACUCCCUGCCCGCGUUUCCACCCGCCGGGGUAGUGCCAGCUCCGGGGACCGUGGCAGCGGCACCCGGAGCUCUCCACGCCAGCCUCGCGCUGCCCACGGACACCCAGCGCGAGUUCGCCGUCCAGCCCCCGUCGUUUGCCGGCCCCUUGGCCCCGGUCGUGGCCUUGGUCUUACCCAGCUGCUCCUUCCCCCCGGUGCCCCUGAGCCUGCCCCCCGCUUUCUUCCCCGGCCAGCCGAGCUUGCCGUCCGAGGUGAUUCCUGCCUCGCAGCCCGAGUUCCCUGGUCGGACCUCAUCCCCCAAACGGCCGCACACGUGUCCCCCGGCAGAGCGUGGGCCGCCCGGGUCGCGCGUGGCCGCCCGGGCCGCGCUGCCCUCAGCCGCGGGGUCCGCAGGCAGGACGUCGCCGCCGCUCUUCCUGUCCCGCGGGAGCUCGCCCCUGCAGCUCGACCUGCUGCAGCUGGACGAGGCCCCCGAGGGCGGCUCUGCGGCCGCAGGGCCCACGGGGCCCCACCGCAAGCCUGGCUCAUCCUGGGCCCGGCAGCCCGAGGCACCGCCGCCCUGCGACAAGCCCAAGGACGCCCAGAGCAGCGACGCCCUGUCCACGUCCAGUGGCCCGCUCCGCCUCCUGCUGCACGAGGACCUCUGCUUGGCCACGGGCUCAGCCCCGUCCGGGAGCGGGGCCUCCGCCACCUCCUGCUCCCUGGGCCCCGGCUCGCUGGGCUGCGACGCGUCCAGAAGUGGGGCAGGUGGCGGCAGCACAAGUCACACCAGCACGUAUUUUGGAAGCAUGGACUCCUCCGAGAGUAACCGCACAGCGAAAGCGAAGGUGGACAGGGAGGAGAGCGAGCACCUCAAGCACGUCCUCCAGGACCCCGUCUGGCUGCCCGUGGCCGGCCCGGACGACAGCGUCACGAUGGCGUACCGGAUGCCUUCGCGAAAUUUAGAAACGGUCCUGCAGGAGGACAGAGAGAAGCUGAAGGUGCUGCAGAGGUUCCAGCCCAGGUUCACAGACAGACAGAAGCAGGAGCUGCAGGACGUCCACCCGUGGAUGCGGUCGGGCGGCCUGCCUGCGGCCAUCGACGUGGCGGAAUGCGUUUGCUGUGAAAACAAGGGAAAAGACAACAUGUGCGUGCGGUAUGAGGAAGCUACCCCUACUCUGGGACUCAGCGGAACAACCGACACCACAUAAGAGGAAAACGGACCCUCCCUGAGUCACAGAAACGAAGGGCAGACGUAACGUCUGCAGCGGGACGGCCAGUGGCGUACAUGAGAUGGCGCUCUGAGGAGAGUGGGGCCUUCACCUGUGUUUCUAAUGAAAUGGACGGAUAUACUUACAUGGCUUUUUUUGCUCUAGAAAACUACCCAUCGUUUUCCGAAGGGGCGAUUUAAAACCGUGGAGGGUAGGAGAAGUUUGGGAAGAAAUAGUUUUUCGUAUUUAAAAUAUAAAUAUGGAGUUUUCGGGGACAGGGGAGGAGAUUUUCAUCAUUGUUUAGCUUGAGAAAGACUGCUUCCCUCCUUGUGUCGGGGAAGCGGCUGAGCGCUCUCAGCCAGCGCACCAGUGUCUGCUGGCUCCCCGUGGGCGGUCCCGAGGCAUCGCUCCGGGCUGCGAGCAACAGCUAGGCUGCCACAGGUGACUCUGCGCCGAGGGGCCCGCCUUGCAGAGCUUCCCCAGGGUGUGUUUGGAUCAGAUCAAGUUAUGUCCUCUCUGGGGGGCUGCUCUUUAUCUAAAUUAUUUAGUCAGACUAGUUGUUUUUAAAACAUACCAAGUGGAGAUCACAGCCUCUGCUAAUUUUCUUUCAAAAUGUUUUGCAUUAAAUGGCGUGAAGCGUAGUUUGGCGGACCAGCAGCUUCAGCUUCAAGUGUGGUCACAGCAAACGUUUCACCUGACGUAGCUUAAGUUUGGGGUGAACGAAGUUGAAAUGCUCGCUCUGGACCAAAGAAGCCUAGUGGUUUGUGUGACCAACUCCAUCGCAGAAAUAUACAUCCUCAGAAAUACACAGACCCUUCUGUAUAUUUUGACAUCAUUCUCAUAUCCUUUUCAGACCGGGAUAGCCAGUAUGUAGAUAAAAACACAUUGUCGGUCAUCCCCUUACUGCGACUUCCCUCUGCAAACCAGGCUUUGAUCGCCACACUUGGGACCCACUCGUAUUUAUUCUUUCAUUGGCACUGCCCAGACAUCAGCUCUGGCCCAGCCAAGCCAGCGCUCUCUCCUGACUUAGCUGGUGGCUGCAUCUGUGUUUUCCAGGGUGCCGUGAGCUAGCCGCUCCCACCACACCUGGGCUGGGACACUGACCCCUAAUUCUUUUCAUGAACCUGACCUCAUUGGUGCGACUUCCGGUCUCUGUGGUGAUGUCCACUCGUGUCGCUGGCACUUUCAGGUGAAUGGGACACUUGGGGAGAAGUGAGACCAGACGGCCCAACUUUUUGCAAAACCUCGUAUUGCAUCGUCUAUCCCAAAGAUUGUCUGGAAAAAUGUUACAUUGGUCCCUAGGGUGAAUGAGAAGCUGCCAGUGAUGGAACAACUGACUUACAAUUGCAUUGCGUCUGUAGGAAGUUAAAAGGGGGCAGCUUCCCGUGUUCUUCGAUGGAGAAGCAGCUACUAGAACAGGUGAAGCCUCCUUGUAAUCCAGUUGGUUUUCAUAGUAAAACCACUUUAUGCCUGAAUAUCAAUCCUAUUUUUCAUAAACUCGAACACAGAAAGUUUAAUUUUUUAUUAUGUUUUUUAAUUUACAAAGCAACAUCACCUGCAGAUACCCAAGACAAGGUGUAGUCUAUGCAUUUGUGUGGAGACUAGAUGCCACAAACUGCUUCCUGCCACUAAAGUCAGAUCAUUAAGGGAUUAGAUGGGAGUCAAAGUUGCAUUGACCUUCCCUAAACACAAGACUGCCAACGCGUUCUCUCCUGUUAGGAAUGUUUACCGUCAGCAUUGUCUUACCAUUUAUGUAUAUUCAUUGAUGGUUAACUGCUGCGUAGCUUUGGCGCGUGCUGAGAAGUUGACAGCGGGAGCAUCUUGUGAAAUUGUCUACACGGUGCCACGCGUCGGGUCUUACGUUUUCGUUAGUAUGUGUGCUUACACAGGUGUUAUAAAAAACUUCUUCUCGGGCUUCCCUGGUGGCGCAGUGUUUGCGCGUCCGCCUGCCGAUGCAGGGGAACCGGGUUCGCGCCCCGGUCUGGGAGGAUCCCACGUGCCGCGGAGCGGCUGGGCCCAUGAGCCGUGGCCGCUGAGCCUGCGCGUCCGGAGCCUGUGCUCCGCAACGGGAGAGGCCGCAACGGAGGGAGGCCCGCAUACCACAAAAAAAAAAAAAAAAAAAAAAACUUCUUCUCGAUUUUAAACUGAGCCUUCUUUUUAAUAUAUUCCUAAAAAGAUAUGUAAAUAAGCUCUCAGAGUCUGUGUAACGACGUGUUAAGCCUUGCCGGACAAGUGGUUUGUUUAUGCACAAACCAGACUUUCUUCACCCAGUGCAAUAUGUUUGUUGGACUGCUUGUGUCUUUUUAUGAUUUUUUGCCUUUUAGAAAAUUGGUAAAUAAAGCAAGUA